UUUGACGUCGUUGCUUCGCGGCUGGAACCGUGAUUAAGGUGCGCGUAUUGUUGUUCCGUCUGUUUUAUGUAACGUAAUAAGCUAGAUGACAGCAUAGACACCACCGAUUGUCAGAGUGGUUUCCCUAGUUCCGAGCGAAUUCCUCCUUUGUGGUUCAUACUCUACCCACAAGAUAUUGGUGCGUUUCAUGGUUGGUGAUUCAACCGCCCGUGUCCCAUCGCCACCGGUGCCGAUUUGGUGUUCUUCGUCUCGCGAGUUGUGUUAUUUCUUUGGCAGUGCAAUUCUACCCACGACACGAUAGAGCUCCUUAACGAGAGUGCGAUCCAGGUAGAACGUCGGUGUGCUUGAUUGUAGAAAGCAGAGUGGUGUGUCAGGCAGCGACGAAAAAAAGCGAUGAGACUAGUGUCUGACUUCUACAAUGAGAGUAUCGAACCAUCACUAGGAGCAAUCACAAAUCCACUAACACAAAGCUACGUAUCCGUGGACAGUCUGACGCCCUGGGGCAUUCGCGAUUGUAGCAGCAAUCGUCCCCGACCAGCGGACUACAGUCACAUACUCAGCCCAGAGGACGGUUCCCGGUACGAGGCGAGUCCUUUUCCGGAAGAUGAUCAGAUCAAUCAGCGGUUUUUAAUCUGGGAAGGUGACAUUUCGCUGCUGGCAGUCGAUGCAAUUACCAAUACCACCGAUGAAACACUGACCGAGAAGAAUCGCAUUUCGAGGAAGAUUUUCGGCCGAGCCGGUGCUGCCCUGACAUCUGCCGUGAUACACGACGUUGGACGAUGCAAAACAGGUGAAGUUUGCGUAACACCAGGAUUCUUUCUACCUGCGAAGUAUAUUAUUCACACCGUUGGCCCGGUCUACAGUGACAAAUACCGAUCGGCUGCCGAAAGUACACUGCAUUCUUGUUAUCGAAACGUGUUGUACAAAGCGAAGGAGCUAGGAUUAAGAACCGUUGCUCUAUGUGAUAUUAGCUCAGUGCAGAGAAAUUUCCCCCCGGACACUGCUGCACACAUAGCCCUAAGAACCAUUCGUCGUUUCCUGGAGCAAUACCGCACCGAGAUUGUGAUAGUUUGCCUUGAGCCGAAUGAGCGCGGCAUCUACGAGGUACUAGCACCGCUUUACUUUCCUCGCGAUCCACUCGAGGAGCGAAGUGCCCUGUGGCAGUUGCCCAAGGACGUCGGCGGUACGUAUGGUGAACCGCAGCUAGCCGAUCGCCAGAUCCGCAUCAUUCGCAAUCCGCAGCAUUCUGUCAUGAUCGAAGCGGACGACGACUCCGACACUAGUCCGCACGAUUUGGAGAUGGGCUCCGACGUUGAGUACAACAACAUUAAUCUCAACCUGUCCACGCAUAUGGGAGGAGGACAGCAUUCGUUCACACAUAUGCAGGGCGACUUGGACCGGCAGCGACUUUUAGGCGAUCGUCCACGGAUGGUCUACGAAAGUGUGCUGGACGAUGGUUUGGAAGGAAUCGAACACCAAGAGAGUUCACCGUUACUGGUGGAUUGCGAAACCACCGAAACCUACUCCCCGGACGCGAUCGGCCACGUUCUGGCGACGCACAUCGGCAAGCGGACCCGCAUCCUGGACGGGUCCUUUACGUAUGUCGAACUAAUGAAGCACUACAGUUCCUCGCUCGAUCUAGAUCCGGACUGGCACAAGGAUAAUCUAUACGAACGAUUGCUGCGCCGCGCGAAAUCCGAGGACCUCUCGGAGGUGUCCGGCAUCGGAUGCCUGUACCAGAGUGGCGUCGAUCGGCUUGGACGCCCAGUUGUGGUAUUCUGUGGCAAAUGGUUCCCCGCUCACAAUACAGAUUUGGAAAAGGCCUUGCUCUAUUUGAUAUACCUGCUGGACCCGAUCGUGAAGGGUGACUACGUGAUUGCCUAUUUCCACACACUUACCAGCUCGAAUAACUAUCCAUCGUUGCAGUGGCUGAAGGAUGUUUACAGCAUACUGCCUUACAAAUACAAGAAAAACCUUAAGGCUUUUUACAUUGUGCAUCCCACGUUCUGGACCAAAAUGAUGACCUGGUGGUUCACGACGUUCAUGGCGCCUGCUAUCAAGGCGAAGGUGCAUUCGUUGCCCGGUGUCGAACACUUGUACUCCGCCAUCGCCAAGGAUCAGCUGGAAAUUCCCGCCUACAUCACCGAGUACGAUAUGGCGACGAACGGCAUUCACUACUUCCAGCCAGUGACCAACACCUCCUCGCCAGCCUCGUAAAGGCUGGCACCCUCUCCCGCCCCCUCAUGAAUCUUCAUUAAAUCACGUGUGGCCGUGAACGAGGACGUUGAGCCAAUACUCCUCCUUCUCCAAGAUCCUCAAAACAUUCGCUUGUACACCAUUUAAGCUAGAGAAAAACUUAAACAUAGCAAACUCAUCGAUCAAUAUUAUCUCGUCAUAUUUGUAGUCAAAUUUUAUCUAUUUUUCCACUUUGAAUCGUCUCACCAGCGUGUAGAAUUCACAGCGUUUCGGCGUUCUGUUCGAUCAAGAACAUCAUCGAGUAAAAUGUAACCCAAUCAAACAAAAUGAAAGAUAAAAAAAUAACAACUGUUCUAAACGAUACAAAAAGAAACCUAUUUGCUUCCUUUCCACCGUUGAAAAUUUAAAAUAUAAUGAUAACAAAUGAUUGAAAUUAAAAAAAAAAUGAAACGUCUGUAUAUUAAAAGCAAAUAAGAGUGGGGCAAGGCGAAAGAAUGCUGCAGUGACAACACACAAACUUGUAGCUAACGAAAGAAAAAAAAGAACAUUAUUCUAUACGCUUUACCGAGACCGCGGUUCAAGAGUAUAUACACAAUUUAAUGAUACAAGUACUAGUUGCUAGAGCUAACCAACGUUAAACAGAGAAAAAAAUAAACAGUUCAUGCUUGUUGAACUAUUGUUUAUGAAACGGUUAAUGAGAUAAUUAUCAUCAGCAGAGACAGGCAGAGUGAAAUAUAUGCAGGAGAAAAAAAUAAUGACCACAAAACAAACCCGAAAUAGCAAAAAAAAAAAAACCUAGCGAAAACCUUAUGCUGCUAUGCGGCUUUUUGUAGAAACAGCUUGAAAUAGUUCGAAAAGAUGAGCAAACACACGUACAUAGUUGGGUACAUAGUACAUCAGAAAAUAGUCCUGCGCUUUUGAAGUACAGUCGCAUACACUACAAUCGUAGGGGUGUUCCGUUUGUUUGAAAUGUUCAUUGUUGCAUUCCUUUCUCGCUGUGCUUGUUAGUUGUGAUAAGCAGCACGGAAAAAUUCUUUGUCAGUGCACUUGCAGCAGUGAAUAUCUCAAACUAGGAGACAGACUCCAUUGAGAAAAAAAAAUGCAUAACAAACGUAGACAAAUCUUACAGAGCACCCUAUUUUUGGAUGCGCAAAUGCAAGCUUACUUAUUGAAAUAGCUUAGAAACACAAAAAGAGAAAACAUACCACAAAAAGAGAAACAUACUGUUGAGAAAGCAAAACAAAAUCGAGAAGCAAAAGCACGUCAUGCGAUGACGCAAUUGUUUGUGCAGCCCCCAAACCCAAACAAUCAAAGCGAGAAAUCACCAAAAUAAUAAAGCAAUUUCCCGUAAGGAAAGGAGAAGUGAAGCAAAAAAAAAGAAAAGCGUGCGGCUGCUUUUUUUAGGGAGCCAUUCAUUAAGUUUGUUGUUAAUGCUAGUAGCAAAUAAAUCAGAGAAGUCAAGUUAAAACAUGAAAAAAAGCGAGUGCCAAUAAUGGGAAGAGUAUCGAUUGAUACACGAAACUUUGAUAUAGUGGGAUUUUAACAUGUUGAUCUUUCUAGAACGCGUUAAAUCGAUUGUUGUUUCUGUUCGUUGCUUUGUCCUUGAGCUUUUCUACUUUUGUAUAUGUAUUCAAAUGUAACGAGACGAGCCAGAGAAAGAAGAAAAAUAAAGCUAGAAACAUCCUAAUGUUGAAAACCGAUACAAGGAUUAAUGCCCAAUUUGUCUUUCUUAACAAGUUAAAAACAAGUAACGUCGCUCUACACCGAUGUUCUUGGUUAAAUCCAACACGAGUGGGAACGAGUGAAUCGAUUGUUUUCUAACACAAGGUACAGAGGAUGGUAUAUUUGGAACACGUUGGUAGCAAACCCGUUAUGUUUAUUUCUCUGAUUCAAAAUAUUCUAACAAAAUACUGUAGGACUGUAUAUUAAAGCUACAGAGAAAAAACAUCCAUACAAGUACAUACAAGUUUUCUCCAUUUUAUAUAAAUUGUAGUAUCUAUGUGUUAUCUUGAUGAAGAGACUUGUUUUAAAUUUAGGAGAUUCUAGGUUAAUGAAAAAAAACUUUACUUACUACACUGCAAACUACGCAGAGUAUUACUCGUAUACAUAUUAAUAUGGUUAAGCAACUUAACACACGUAUAACACAGGAAACAUUAACAGCAAAAAUAAACAACAAAAUGAAAGUUUAGUAACAGGGCGCAGAAAAAGUGGGUAAUGGAAAGCAACAAAAAAAGGAUAUGCGAGUAGAAGUUAGUUACAGAAUUUGGUGCAAUGUAAAACCGAAACAAAAAAAAAGCUGUAAAAUAUUGUUAAACAAUUAUUUAAUAUAUUAAAAAAAAACUUCAGUCGGAUAGCGGACCGCAAAAUUUCUUAAUCGAGAUGGAAAGCCAAUAUGGAUGGAUUGAACGAGUUUGUAUUCGGUACAUUGUUCUUAUUUCGCGAAAAACAACCAAAGCAACGAUGAAUGAAAUACAUUAAAGUUGUUGGUAAUUUUUUGAAACGAA